UUUUUAAUUUUGUGAUGUUAGGAUGAACACAGUGCCUUGAGUGUGUUAGGCUGGAUAAUGCCACGGAGUGGCUGUUGUCACCUUCCUCUUGUGGGAGAAGAGGGUGGGUGCCCUCCCACUUCGUUUAUAUUGAAGAGGCUGUGCAACCCAGUUCCUGGCGCUCCAUUUUCAUGCACAUCCUUAGCUUGCUUCCACUGUUGCCAAGUUCCUAGAAGCACAGAACUUCUUGCACAUGACAAAUGCACUAGGGGAUUGCUAACUGCUAAUAGCGGGAGAAGUGUUUUGUUUUUUGGUUUGCCCAGUACAGAGGACUGAACCCCCGAGCCCUCUACCACUGAACUCCAUGCUCAGCUCUUAGGUUUUGAGGCACACUUCAGUUUCAGGUUGGCCUCCAAUUUGACCGUUCUCCUUCAACGCUGGAGUAGCGUGGAUUACCGGUGUGCACCUCAGCCCCGACCUCGGAGUAAAUUUUGAGCACAGGUUUUUGUUUUGUUUUUGUGAGAAUCCUUGCCCCAUUUCCUUGGCGUACUGUUUCUUGGAUCGGAGACUCCAGGGCACCUUUAUGGCCUCCCACAUUCUGCUGAGGCUGCUGUAAGCGUGCCGGAGCGUUUAGGAAGAAUAAGCCUUGGAGAGAAGUGGAGAAGCCGACAGAGAGCAAAGGCAGCACCACGAAGAGCCGGCAGGACCGCUGCUACCGACCCACCCGCCGCGCUCUCACCGCCUCCAACCAGCCAACCAGGAGUUCUUCCGGUCCGCCACGCACAGGGCACCGCCCUCAGCUGAGUGCCGCAGGCGCGAGUCUCUAUGGUACUAACUUCCGCCACGCUCCCUCCAUCGCGAGGUUUCAACGGCGCAGCAAUGGCGAGACCGUGAGUGCCGCUAGCGGGAGUUAAAGAGGACUGGCUGGGACAGGAUGCCGCGUCACUGCUCUGCCGCCGGCUGCUGCACGCGAGAUACUCGGGAGACGCGCAACCGCGGCAUUUCCUUCCACAGACUUCCCAAGAAGGACAACCCAAGGCGCGGCUUGUGGCUGGCCAAUUGUCAACGGCUGGACCCCAGCGGCCAGGGCCUGUGGGAUCCGGCCUCAGAGUACAUCUACUUCUGCUCCAAACACUUCGAGGAGAACUGCUUUGAGCUAGUGGGAAUCAGUGGGUAUCACAGGCUGAAGGAAGGGGCAGUGCCUACCAUAUUUGAGUCUUUCUCCAAAUUGCGCCGGACAACCAAGACCAAGGGGCACAGUUACCCCCCUGGGCCCCAUGAUGUCAGCCGGCUCCGGCGAUGCAGAAAGCGUUGCUCUGAAAGCCGAGUGCCCACGACUCCAUUUUCUCCACCUCCUCCUGCUGAUGUCACCUGCUUUCCUGUGGAAGAGGCCUCAGCACCUGCUACUUUGCCUGCCUCGCCAGCUGGGAGAUUGGAGCCUAGCCUUAGCAGCCCCUUCUCAGACCUUCUGGGCUCCCUAGGUGCCCAAGCAGACGAAGCAGGUUGUAGUACCCAGCCAUCACCCGAGCGGCAGCCCUCCCCGCUUGAGCCACGGCCUGUGUCCCCCUCAGCCUACAUGUUGCGCCUGCCGCCACCUGCUGGAGCCUAUAUCCAGAAUGAACACAGCUACCAGGUGGGUAGUGCCCUACUCUGGAAGCGGAGGGCUGAAGCAGCCCUUGAUGCCCUGGACAAGGCCCAGCGUCAGCUGCAGGCUUGUAAACGGCGAGAACAGCGGCUGCGGUUGCGACUGACCAAGCUGCAGCAGGAGCGGGCACGGGAGAAACGGGCACAGGCUGAUGCCCGACAGACUCUGAAGGAGCAUGUGCAGGACUUUGCCAUGCAAUUGAGCAACAGCAUGGCCUAAGGGAGGGACUGCCCAUCAAGGUUGUGCCCUCUUCCUUCCUCACAUCCACCUGGAGAGGGACCUGAUCUGAACUGCAUCCAGCGCAGCCACCAGAUGCCAUAAUAAAGUGGAUUUUAGGACACA